AUCUAACAAACGAUAAGAACAAGAACGAAGAACAAGAAGUAUUCUUGAACGAUGAAUCAUGCAACGGGGAUCGUGCAUGAACCUCCAAAUGCCAAGUUUGAGUUCACUCCAACAUGGAUCGUCGCCGUUGUUUCCUCCAUUAUCGUUAUCAUUUCCUUCUCUCUUGAACGUGGCCUUCAUCAUCUUGGACAGUGGUUGAAACAUAAAAAGCAGGAUCAACUGAAUCACGCCGUGCUGAAAUUAAAGGAAGAGUUGAUGAUUUUAGGGUUCAUCUCCCUAUUAUUGAAUGUGUUUCAAGGGGCAAUUGGACAGUUCUGUAUGCCUAGAGAUUUUGCAUACCAUAUGCUUCCAUGCAAGAGAACUGUAUCUGUUGUUCAUCAUUUCUCAUCUCCUACGUCCCUCGACGGUUAUAAUACUCACCGUCAUCUCCUAUCGACCAAUACUAAUUUUCAACAUUGCUUACGAAAAGGAAAGGUUCCUCUAUUGUCUUUGGAAGCUUUGCAUCAACUCCAUAUAUUCAUAUUUGUGUUGGCUGUUGUUCAUGUCGUCUUUUGUGCUAUAACCAUGCUUCUAGCUGCUGCAAAGAUACAACAAUGGAAAAGAUGGGAAGAUUCUAUUCAUCGAGGACUUGUACAUUCUCAAAAUGAUAACGAGUUUAAAGAACGUGCCGAGGGAUAUUGGCUAAAUGCUGCGGUCAUAGCUUGGAUGGUGGCAUUUGUGAAGCAGUUUCAUGGAUCGAUCACAAAGUCGGAUUACAUUUUUCUUCGACGAGGCUUUAUUAAGAAACAUUGUCCCGGGGAACCAAACUUUAAUUUCUACGACCAUAUUACAAAGACGUAUCAACAUGAUUUCAAGAAAGUUGUAGGCAUAAGUUGGUAUCUUUGGGCCUUUGUAGUGCUCUUCUUGCUGCUUAAUCUUGAAGGAUGGCACACUUACUUUUGGUUGGCUUUUCUACCCCUCAUUAUGCUACUUCUAGUAGGGGCAAAGUUGGAAUACAUAAUUACCCGAAUGGCUCAAGAACUAAACUCGAGGAGAAUCGAUGACAGAGAAGCACAACAAAAACAUGACAUCCAUAGAUUUCAAAGACGACAGAACGAGAUCAAGAAACAGGGUAGCCACCAUGAAGUGAAUCCCUCGGAUGAUCAUUUUUGGUUUGCUCGUCCUUCUCUUGUUCUCAUCUUGAUUCACUUCAUUCUCUUUCAAAACUCUUUCGAGAUUGCCUUCUUCUUUUGGAUUUGGACAACUUAUGGGUUUAAGUCUUGCAUUAUGGAGAGACCGGCUUUUAUCAUCACCAGACUUGUCCUCGGUGGAAUUGUCCAAGUUCUUUGCAGUUAUAGCACAUUGCCUUUGUACUCUUUAGUCACUCAGAUGGGAAGCGAAUAUAAGAAGCCAAAGGAGGAAGGUGAAGUGUCAGAGGCUGAAGAACAAAGAGCAACAUAGAAGCAGCUGACAAAUCCUCCAUUUUCUCACAAAUUCUUUCAAAAUUCUCAAUUGAUUUGUAUAUAUGAAGUGUUUAAAGAUAAAAAUUCACAAUCGGUAACGAAUUCUUCGUUACAGAUCUUCACGAACAUUGUAGAGGUAUAAAUUUGGUUGAACGAUGUCAAUAUCAUUGUGUUUGAAGUGAAUUUUUCGAGCGUUUAGAA